AUGACUAAAUAUUUAAACAUUCUUUUUUUUGCAUUAUUAUAUGUAUACUUUUUCAAGAGAACAAAUACAUAUAACAAACAAAAUUUCAAUAGUAAUUUGAAUUUUAUUAAUUCACGAAAAUUUAAAAUAAUUAGUAAUCGAUAUAUAUAUAAUAGUCCAUUAAAGUCCAAGAAUAAAAAAAAUGUUACAUAUGCAAGUGGGAAUACAAAUCUCGAAAACAUUAAAAAACUUAGAAAUGUAAUAAAGGACAUCAAAAAAGAGAGCAAAAGAGAGUAUGCUGACGAAGAAAAAUUAAAGAGAGAGAAAGAAGCAUAUGCAUGGAAAGUUAUCCUAUAUAAUGAUGAUAUUCACAAUUUCACAUAUGUAACCGAUGUAAUUGUAAAGGUAAUUGGAUAUAUAAGUAAAGCCAAGGCUCAUACAAUCACUGUUGAAGCUCAUAGCACAGGCCAGGCUCUCAUUCUAUCCACAUGGAAAGCGAAAGCAGAAAUGUACUGUGAAGAAUUUCAGAAAAAUGGAUUAACUGUUUCGAUUAUUCAUGAAAGCCAAUUAAAAGGGGAAAAGUAA